AUGCAACAGUCACUAAACCCACAACCCAAGCAAUGCCACAGUCACUACACCCACAACCCAAGCAAUGCCACAGUCACUACACCCACAACCCGAGCAAUGUCACAGUCACUACAACCACAACCCGAGCAAUGCCAUAGUAACUACACCCACAACCCGAGCAAUGCAACAGUCACUACACCCACAAACCCAGAAAUGCCUCAGUUACUACACCCACAACCCGAGCAAUGCCACAGUCACUACACCCACAACCCGAGCAAUGUCAGAGUUACUACACCCACAACCACCCGAGCAAUGCCAAAGUUACUACACCAACAACUCGAGAAAUGCCACAGUUACUACACCCACAGCCCGAAAAUUGCCACAGUCACUAUAUCACAACCCGAGCAAUGUCCCAGUCACUACACUCACAACCCGAGCAAUGCAAAAGUCACUACACCCACAACCCGAGCAGUGCCACAGACUCUACACCCACAACCCGAGCAAUGUCACAGUCACUACACCAACAACCCAAGCAAUGCCAUAGUCACUACACCCACAACCCCAGCAAUGCCACAGUCACUACACCCACAACCCGAGCAAUGCCAUAGUCACAACACCCACAACCCGAGCAAUGUCACAGUCACUACACCCACAACCCGAGCAAUGCCACAGUCACUACACCCACAACCCGAGCAAUGCCACAGUCACUACACCCACAACCCAAGCAAUGUCAGAGUUACUACACCCACAACCACCCGAGCAAUGCCACAGUUACUACACCAACAACCCGAGCAAUGCCGCAGUCACUACACCCACAACCCGAGCAAUGCAAUAGUCACAAUACCCACAACCCGAGCAAUGUCACAGUCACUACACCCACAACCCGAGCAAUGUCACAGUCACUACACCCACAACCCCAGCAAUGUCAUAGUCACUACACCCACAACCCGAGCAAUGGCACAGUCACUACACACACAACCCGAGCAAUGUCAUAGUCACUACACCCACAACCCGAGCAAUGCCACAGUCACUAUACCCACAACCCGAGCAAUGCCACAGUCAUUACACCCUAAACCCGAGCAAUGUCACCGUCACUACACCCACUACCCUAGCAAUGUCAUAGUUACUGAACCCACAACCCGAGCAAUGUUAUAG